CAGUGCAAGCAACACUGCAGGGACUCGGGACUCCUGGGUUUCCAGAAGGAGAAUGCUGUAUCCAUUUGGAACUGGUUUUUACGGAGGUUGAAUGGAACCAUCCCAGCUGCAAUUCACCCAUGGAGGCUGAGGGUUAGUGCUCACCUUCCGGACAAGUGAUCAGAGGUGUUUUCCUACCUGUAACCUCAUUGGAUGUUGGGAUUUCAAUUCAGCUGAGGUCAUGCAGAGACACUAACACACCACUAGGCAGAGUCCUUGAUAAACAGAGCCCUGUAUAAAUAUCACCACAACUCUGGCGCUUGGUUCAUCUACAGAAGGGAAGAGGUUUGAAGUGAGCAGAAAGAUUGUACAUGCCCUGUCCCUGGCUUGCCCAUCAUGGUUUUUUCAACACGGGCCUCACAAGAUGACAGCUAUGUACGUGAGUUCACCAUGGGGAUGGAGUCCCUAGUGUCUCUAGCCAAAUGCCUGCCCCAGGCCGAAACAGACCCGGACAAGCAUCAGAAGAUUCAGGGACACAGUAAAUGUGCUUUGGAGAACAUGAACGCUGCGAAGAAGGAGUUAGAAGCCCGAAAAAAUGCCCUGAGUUCCCAAAUCAGGGAACUGCUUGUCAAAAAGAAAGAGCAGAGCGAUGAAGAGAAGCAAAAGGAAAGGGAGCUCAGGCAGUUAGAGAUCCAAAUGGAAAACCACGAGCAGAUGCGCUUUUACAUCCAAGUAAAGCUGGACAUGGCCGAGAACCAUCUGGACGAGAUGAUGGCAAUGCUGAAGAAGGCGAGAAAGGAGGAAAAGUGUAGUAAAAUCAUGACAAAUAUCACCCUGGUGCUUCUGCCUCUUUUCACUCUCCUAGUUUCGAUGGAAUUUUUUCAAGAAGCCCUAAAAGUGACCGAUACGAAGGAGCUUUUCCUGUCGGCUAGCAUUGUAACCAUCAUUUGCCACGUGUCUAUGUACAUUGCUCGGAAAGCAGCCUUGGAAUUGCACAAAACCAUCAGCCAGUACAAAAUCCAGGUCUCCGACUACAAACGGGAAGUUUGCAUAUGUGACAAAGAGAAGAGAGAAACCAAGGAGAAGAUUGAAGACAUCAGGGCCAGUCUGGGGGAAAAGAGAGAGAUUGGAGGUGAACCAACUGAGCUUUCAGCAGUGCAGGAGGAGGAGGAGCUGAGAAAACACAUACAAUUUGUGAGUCAGCUGAUUGGGAAAGUCAACACGCUCAGGUCAUACAUUGAUGACCCCUCAGACUAUGAAUAUGCCUGCAUGAUUUUGGAGGAGAUUUAUCAGUUAGUGCAGCCAGUGGUAGAAAAGGGAGGGCAGGAGAGCAGGAGGUUCCUUGACACAGAGACAGUAAAGAACCCAGUCGAGGAGCUAAAACGUGUGGUUGAAAAGCUUAGGGAGGAUAUGGCCAAGGCUAAAGACAGGAAUUUUUAGAGCGGAGCUAAGUAAGGGCAGAGGGGGAUGUGACAUGUCAGUGAGCCCGAGCCCGAUCCCACUUACACCAGAUUUACACCUGGGUCACUGAGAUCAGAAUCCAGCCUGACUCCACUGCUGUCCUUGGGGUCUCUCUGGAUUUGCACUGGGGUAGGCUGGAGAUCAAAGGUGGGGUGGAAGAGGUAUAUGUUAUGUCUUUGUAAGCGAGUAUAAAGCUCUCAUUUCAUCAAAAAGGGGCCCAUUUACACCAGUUUAUAAAUCAGGACCUCUGUAUCUGCCCCAAGACAGUUUUGUAUAAAUAUCUCAUCUACUAAUCAUCUGGGUUUUGCU